GGUACAGACGGUGGCAGCAAAGAUCCACGCUUGCUGUUAAGUUCCGAGCUCAUGGUAAAAAGAAGAGCGCUGCAGUUUGGUAAUGUUUACACUGGACUGGAACAGAACAGUCUUUUUCACCAUGGAGGCUGCGUUUGACUUUCUAAAUACCUUCAUCACUGAGACCAGCAGAGCGUCUGUGACUGUCAGCCUCUUCAUCAUUUUUCUGUGUCUCCUGUACUGGUAUUCAGUCUAUCCAUUCUUAGUCCUCUCUCGAUGUGGCAUCAAACAUCCAAAGCCAGUGCCUUUCUUUGGCAACAUAUUCUAUUUCCGGGAGGGCUUUUUCAGACCUAUCUCUGAACUUAUAAAAACACAUGGCAGAGUAUGUGGGUAUUAUUUGGGCCGCAGACCAGUGGUGGUGGUAGCAGACCCAGAGAUGCUCAGAUCAGUGAUGGUCAGGGAUUUCGGUAGCUUCCCCAACAGAAUGCAAUUUCGAUUUGCCACCAAACCCAUGACGGACUGCCUGCUUAUGUUGAGGAACGAACGGUGGAAGAGGGUUCGGAGCAUCCUGACCCCGUCCUUCAGUGCUGCCAAGAUGAAAGAAAUGGCUCCGCUCAUCAACACAGCUGCUGAUGCACUGAUGAAGAACCUGGAGGUCCAUGCUGAUUCAGGGGAGACGUUUGACAUCCACAGGUGUUUUGGCUGUUUUACUAUGGAUGUCAUUGCCAGCGUGGCGUUUGGCACGCAGGUGGACUCGCAGAACAACCCAGAUGAUCCGUUUGUCCGCCACGCUCAGAUGUUCUUUUCCUUUUCUUUCUUCAGGCCCCUCAUGUUGUUUUUCAUUGCUUUUCCAGACUUCAUGGCUCCCAUUGCGAGAUUCAUCCCAAACAAAAGACGAGACCAGAUGAAUGGUUUCUUCAUCAGCAUCAUUCAGAAAAUCAUAAAGCAGAGAGAAGAACAGCUUCCCAGUCAGAGGCGUAGGGACUUUCUCCAGCUGAUGUUGGAUGCUCGGACCGGUAAAGACAGUGUGCCUUUGGAACAUUUUGACACAGCAGACCACUCUGAUGAGUUGGAUCACAGGAGGCAGCAGACGCAGCCGUCCUCCUCGGAUCAAGAGAACGAAUCUCCUCACCACCAGGAGUCACCGGUAAGGCGUCCACAAAGGAAGAUGAUGACUGAGGAUGAGAUUGUUGGGCAGGCUUUUGUCUUCCUGCUGGCAGGCUAUGAGACCAGCAGCAACACGUUAGCCUUCACCUGCUACCUGCUGGCUCUCAACUCUGAAUGUCAGCACAAAGUUCAGGAGGAGGUGGACGACUUCUUCACCAGACACGAUUCACCAGAUUACUUAAAUGUCCAGGAGCUGAAGUAUUUGGAUAUGGUUGUAUGUGAAGCACUGCGGCUCUACCCUCCUGGCUUCAGGUUUGCUCGGGAAAUUGAUCAUGACUGUGUGGUGAAUGGCCAGUUUCUUCCCAAAGGAGCGACACUGGAGAUCCCAGCAGGAUUUCUGCACUAUGACCCAGAUCACUGGCCCGAGCCGGACAAGUUCCUCCCUGAGAGAUUCACACCAGAGGCUAAGGCGAAUCGGCAUCCGUUCGUGUACCUGCCGUUUGGGGCUGGACCACGUAACUGUGUGGGAAUGAGGCUGGCCCAGCUGGAAAUCCGAAUGGCUUUAGUCCAUUUGUUCCAGAGGUUCACCAUCGAGGCCUGCUCUGAGACCAAGGUUCCUCUUGACCUGAAAUCCUCCAGCACUCUGGGACCCAAAGAUGGCAUAUAUGUGAAAAUCACAAAAAGAGACAGAGGAGAAGGACAAAAAGCCUCUCCAUCAGAGGAGUAGAAACUCACCUGUAAUUCUUCCACGAGGCAGAAAUCUUACAAACAAUCCUGCAAGUUGAGGAUUACCGAUAAUAAAAACCAGUACAAUAACACUAGGGUUCCCAGUUCCACUGGGAGCAGGCGAACGCCGUAUUUCUGAGAUAUUACUUCAUGAUUUGCAUAAAUGUAUCUACAUAGUUACUGAAAAUAUUGAAACCUUAAUUACUAUCAUCAUAUGUGGCCUGAUCCAGACACUAUGUUGCCGAUAAAAAUAAAGACAGGCCUGGGUCCAAAUACUCCUCA